AUGGGGGCGAAGCUUCAGGUCCAGCUGCUGCAGGCUCGGAACCUGGCGGCUAAGGACAGCAACGGCUUAAGCGAUCCGUACGUGCGUAUGCAGGUCGGCCGGAGCAAGGCGCGCAGCAGCACGGUGUAUAAGAACCUCAAUCCGACGUGGAAUGAGGAGUUUCUGUUUAGAACGGAUAACCUUGAAACGGAUGUGCUCCUCGUGACCGUGUGGGACGAGGAUUACUUAGGAAAAGCGGAUUUUCUGGGUCAGAUGUCGGUGCCGGUAGCUGCGGUGGCGGCUGCGGAAGGGAAGAGCCUUCCGCCGACAUGGUAUCCGCUCAAGAAGAAGAGCGAGCGAUCUCGCUCCUUCGUCUCAGGCGAAAUCCUUAUCGAGGUCUCGUUAUGGGGCCUCGUGUCCCACGCGGCUCAAUCGCAAACCGCCAGCCCUAUGGGCCUCACCACAAUCUCCUCCGAGCCACACUCCCCAACCUCUUCCACUCACUCAACCGCGUCCGCGCCUGGCUCUCUCGGCUCGCUGUCUACGUGGCUGUCAGGGCCCCUGUCAGGGCCGCUCUCCUCCACCUGCUCCUCCGCUGCUUCCGGCUCGUUAACCUUCAACUCCGGUCCUCUGCUGCUGACUGGGGUGCCCUCUGCUGCUUCUGACUCUCUGCCUGCUUCCUCUCUGCCUCCUGCUGCCGAUGCGCCAGCUCUCCCGCUGCCUCCUGCAACGAUUACUUCCUCUAGUGAAGCUGACGUCAUUGCUCCUACUCUUGUGCCUGAUGGUAGCUCGUCCUUCGCUGCUCCUCCUCCCCCUGUCACAACCGGGAGCGACGCAGCAACCCUUCCUGAACUUGCGUCGCCAACUGACACGCGGCUCUUACCUCAUUCUGCCGACUUGCACCUGAAACCCGUUGCUGAAUCCCACGCCAUGCAGCACUCCGCCUCCGCGCCUGCCCGUCCCUCCAAGCCCAACUUCUUCCACUCCUUCACUCUCUCAGGACCCUCCAAAUCCAAAUCUAAAUCUUCCAUGCGCGCCCACAGCUCUGAUGGCGCUGCUGCUGCUUCCCCCCUGCCGAAGUCCGGGAGUGUAACGGGGGGAGGGGCGGGGAGUGGGGGGUCGGGAGCGAGUUCGGGGGAGGAUGGGGGGGAGAAGGGGGAAGGGGCGGGGGCGGUGGGGGGAUUGGGAGGAGGGGAGAGCUUGGUGCCGCUGUCGUGGUUUGAUGGGGAUGUUAAGGGGGUGGCUUCUAAGGGGGAUAUGCCGGGAGCGCUGGGGGGAGGAGUGUUGGUGGAGCAGUGGUAUGGUGUGCCGGCGCAUGAGCUGAACGGGAUUCUCUUCAAGCCUGACUCUGACUUCUAUGCUGAGUUCACUGCCGAGCGCAAGGUGUCUCAGCUGGAAACAGGGCCAUGGAUAGAAGGCGACGCUGCUGCGAUCCCCUCCCUAGCAGACUCCCUCCCAGCCACCAUCACAACCGCCAACACUCCCGCCUCUCCUCCAAUCAGCUCGCGAGUGGUCCGCUACAUGACCGCGCCCUCCUCCCUGGUCAAGUCUGUACUCGCUACAGAGCUGAUGCGUUACAGCAGGGCGGACGCGGGGGGGUAUCUGGUGGAGGUGUAUGUGGCGACGCCUGACGUGCCGUACGGCAACACAUUCCGCACUGAAAUGCAGUUCUGCAUCACACCGGGACCAGACGGCAGCAGCUGCCAGCUGCGGGUGUCGUGGGCGCCGUGCUUCCUGCAGAGCACCAUGAUGAAGAGCAUGAUUGAAAACGGAAUGCGCUCCGGACUCAAGGACACCUACGUCGCUUACCAGACGAUCCUGUCUAAAUACGCUGCACCGGCCACAACCCCUCUCGGCUCCUCCUCCCCAUCGGCCCUCCUCCCCGAGCCUCCACCGCAGCAGCCGCUGAUGGCGCGGCUGUUCAGCGUGCUGGGGCACUUCUCCCUGCUGCUCUUCUUCCUCUCCCUUAUAGUGCUCCCCACGCACUUCAUACAGCGCGCCAAGGGCCUGCCAGGCGUGCAGUUUUUCCUGCUGGACCUGCCAGAUGGGGUGAUGGAGCUGCUGUGCACGGCUGUCAUUGUUCUCUCUGCUGAGAGGGCGCUCUUCCGGCUGAGGAAUAUUAUCACCUCACGGCUUCUGAGAAGGGGCGACCAUGGGAAGAAGGCGGAGGGAGAGGGGUGGCUGCUGACAGUGACACUGGUGCAAGGGGAGGGCGUGGGGGAGGCUGGGGGACUCGGUGGCAAGAGCGACCCGUAUGUGGUGUUCACAUGUAAUGGCAAGACACGCACCAGCUCUGUCAAACUGCAGACCAACCGCCCGGUGUGGAACGAGGUGCUGUCCUUCGACGCGUUUGAGGACCCUCCAUCCACUCUAGACGUGGAGAUAUUUGACUACGACGGGCCCUUCUCAGCGCCCACUGCCCUCGGCCAAGCAGAGGUGGACCUCGUGCGGAGCAGCGCGCAGGAGCUUGCAGACCUCUGGGUGCCGCUGCAGGGAGGGCCGCGGGCAGAUGCGCGCAGAGGGGGGAAGGCGCAGGGGCAGGCGCCAGGGCAGGGGGUGGAGCCAAGGCUGCAGCUGCGGGUGCUGCUAGCGAGUACGAGUGAGGCGUCCCCUCCGAUGAUUCUCGAGCGGAUCAGCAAGCAAGUCGGCAAGGAGCUGCUGCGUAUAUCUGAUGAGAAAAACAUGGCCUUUCAUAAUUUAUUCGACCUGCCUGAAAACGAGCCGCUUAUCAACGACUUCUCCUGCGCGCUCAAGAAGAACCUUCUCUCCCAGGGCCGCCUGUUCCUGUCGCCCCGUUUGCUCGCCUUCCACGCAUCCCUAUUCCGAGUGCGCAUAAAGCUGGCAGUGCGGUGGGAGGAUAUAGACGAGCUCAAGGAGAACGCGCCCACCAUCCACUCCAUCAACCGCCUGCUCAACCCCUCCAUCACCAUCUAUGUCAAACCGGGGAGAGGGGGGCCCGAUACACGCAGCGCUGCCUAUGGCAUUGACCCCUCGGGCCGCCUGAAGAUUCGCUUUCAGUCCUUCGCGCGGCCCACCAUUGCCUUCCGUGCAGCAGGGGGGAAAGGAGGGGCUGGAGCGGGUGGUGUUGCUGGCAGUGGUGGUGGGGUGGUGGGGAGUGAUGGGGAGGGGGUGGAGGAGCAGGGGGGAGUGUGCACAGACGUGUAUGAGAUGAUUGACAGCAUCAGCACUGCUGUGCCCAUGACGGUGGACCAGUUUCUAGCGAUGACGGAGCAGCAGCAGCUGCAGCGCAAGGUGGCAGACGCGACGGGGCAGACCCACUUGGAGGUCUCUGAUUGGGUGGUGGUGGACGGCGCGCCGCCCGGUGCCGCGCGGAGCCAGCGCAACAUCAAGUUCAAGUUCUCCCGCCAGAUGUCGCCGUUUGGGACCACCGUGUCAGGCGUGCAGCAGGCCACUAAGGACGCGACACCUGGCAUGUGCACGUGGGCCACGCUAGAGGAGUCGAUCACUCUGCACCAAGUGCCCUUUGGAGAUUACUUCCAGGUGGAGACCAAGCGGGAGCUCAAGUCGCAGCAGCUCGUGAACGGCAAGGAGGAUGGGAAGGCGGAGGCUAAGGCGGGAGGAUUCAACGAGCAGGUGUCGGAACUCAAGACAACGGUGGGCAUCACGUGGCAGAAGCAGGCGAAUGAACGCACCCGUGUCAAGAUCAAGGCGAACGUUGGCGAGUGGUUCAAGGAGCACAACAAGAGAGUGCUGGACAUGCUGGCGGCGCUGCUGGUGGAGCGGGGGGGCUGCGAGUUCCCCAUCCAGCUCAACGCGCGCGGCGCGCUGGAAGGCCCGUGGGUGAACCACUCCGCGCACGACCCGCACGCGCUCCUCGACCUCGUCUCUCGCUCCGCGCACGGCGAUAGGCGGAACGCCUUCGCGUCGGACGCGGACGGGGGAACGGGGGCGGGGGAGGCGGAGUUUUACUCCCCCGCGCGGUACCAGGCGAUGGGGAAGGUGGUGGCGGCGGAGGAGGGGGAGGACGACGGCAAGGCGCCGUGGGGGCAUGUGGUGGAGGGGCUGCUGACGGCCGGCACGCUCAGCACGGGGAAUCGACUCACCCUGGCGUUUGCACGGCUAGCAGAAAGGUUUCUUGCCUCAUGGGUGCGAAUCGAUGGUAUCACCAAGGGGCUUGGGAAGGCGGGUAUGGUGAAGCAGAUCAUGUUCCCUGCCAUGGCCGUCAAUCCCAAGAUGCAGCCAUGCCUGGCGCAUGUGCGCAUAGUGCUAGGUCGGGUGUACUUCCGCUACGGCUCCUUCCUGGAAGAUGCGCGCAAGCUCAAGCGCAUCAACCUGGCAGUCAAGAUGAUCCACCAUGCCAUCACUGCAUACGACCUCCGAUCACUGCGGGCGGAGCUAUUCAUAAACGCGUGUGACAAGCCUGUCAGCUUCGACAACUCCCUCUCCUCCGGCUGCUCCGGCUUCCCCGUCUUCAGCACACAGUGGACCCCCGGCUCAACCGACAUUCUCUUUCCAGACCCCCUCGACCUCGACUACUCGCCUCCACAGCACGCAGAGCACGUGCCCUGGGCAAAGAAGGAAGGCAAGGCGGUGUGGCGCGGGCGUGGGUUUGAGUUCCAGCUGAAGCUCUACGACUGGGCGUCCAGCUUCCGCCUGCGCCUGCACCGAACCUCCGACUCUCGCCCAGACCUGCUGGAUGCGCGCAUCUCCAGCUACAACCCGGGGGAUCUUGCCGACCCUAAAGAGAUGCUCAAGAAAAAUGGGUUUGUGUUGGCGGAGGAGAUGGACGAGGGGGUGAAGGAGAGUGCGUUCAAGUACGUGGUUGUGGUGGACGAGAGGGUGGGCACUCGUGACACGUGUCGCGCUCUGAGUGCCCAGCAGGCCAUCAUUCGGCACCAGUCGGGCUUCAUGCAGUUCUUUGAGCCGCUCAUGCUGCCUGGGGUACACUACAUCCCCGUUACACACAGCUUCACGGAUCUGGUGGCAGCAGUGGAGUGGAUGAGGCAGCACGACGAUGCCGUGCACACCAUGCUGCUCAACGCCAAUGAACUCGCCUCCCACGUGUGCACGUGGCAAAGCCGCGUCCACUACUGGGCUGUGCUUCUCGCCAAGUACGCUGCUAGAGCCAUGGAAACCCCUCAAGCCGUUGUCGCACCUACGGUUUGCCCGGGCGGCAAGGCUGUUCUUUCGGCGGAAUGGGCGGUUGGAAACGUGACGACGCCGAGUUGUAAGGUGGAAGGGGGAGAUCAGUGCUCGGAUUUUUGUGUCACGGGUGUGCCCGAGGAGAAAUGGACGUGGUUGGAUGCGAAGGAAAGCUUAGCUGCUGUUGAGAUUCAUGAUCCUGUGGGACAUUCAGAAGCUAGGGUAGCAUCAGAGUAA